AAAGAGAACAAAAAUAAAAUAACUGACUCUCCAUUACAUUUGAAAGAAACGUCAAAAUUCUUUAUAGAACUUAUUCGAUUGCAAACGCAUUCGCGGCGGGAGCUGUAAAUUUCAGGGGUGAUCGUAAUGGCAGAGGUCGAGCAAAGAAUUUUACAGAUUGAAGACAUAAAGACAGCACCGGCAGAUUUCCGUUUUCCCACUACAAAUCAAACAAGGCACUGCUUUACUCGUUAUAUCGAAUUCCACAAGUGCCUUGCAGCAAAAGGUGAAGGUGCUCCUGAAUGUGACAAAUUUGCUAGGUUCUAUCGAUCUCUUUGUCCAAGUGAAUGGGUUGAAAGGUGGAAUGAACAGAGGGAAGCUGGUACAUUUCCUGGACCUUUAUGAUGUGAUCAUUUGGACAUCAUAUUUUGCAUUUUUGAAAAUGCUAUAAUUUGUUUUUAAAUAUGCUAUAAUCUGAGGAGAUUUUUAAUAAUUUGCAUAUAUUGUUUUAAAGACAUCCUUGACAUUAAAGUUCAUGAAAUGAUACUAUCUAAAUGAAGAAACUGACUACAUCAGUAUGGAUUGAUCAAACUUCUAUGCUCACCAAGUUGCACUGGCACGAGCCUUCAAUGUUCAUUUGAAGCCUUCAAUGUGCUUUCAAUGUUCUUUUGAAAUUUUGCUAUAGAUUGGAUUCAUGACAAGAUUAUAUCAUAGUAGCAUUUUAUUUA